AGUGCAGCAGUAGCAGCAGCAACAGCAGCAGUUCAGUAAAAUGACCACCACUAGCAUGAAUAUGGGAAGGGUCAUCUUCUAUGAGGACAGGAACUUCCAGGGUCGCUCCUAUGAGUGCAUGAGCGACUGCCCUGACAUGUCCUCCUACCUGAGCCGCUGCCACUCCUGCAGGGUGGAGGGUGGCUGCUUCAUGGUCUAUGACCGCCCCAACUUCAUGGGAAACCAGUACUUCAUAAGGAGGGGAGAGUACUCUGACUAUCAGCGCAUGAUGGGAAUGAUGGAUGGUGUUAGAUCUUGCCGCAUGAUCCCAAUGCACAGAGGCUCAUUCAGGAUGAGGAUCUACGAGAGGGAGAACUUCGGAGGCCAGAUGCACGAGCUGAUGGACGACUGUGACUCCAUCAUGGAUCGUCACCGCAUGUCUGACUGCCAGUCCUGCAAUGUCAUGGAUGGCCACUGGCUGAUGUACGAUCAGCCAAACUUCAGAGGCAGGAUGAUGUACACGAGGCCUGGAGAGUACAGAAACUUCAGAGAGAUGGGCAUGAGCAGUAUGAGGUUCAUGAGCAUGAGACGUAUCAUGGAUAUGUGCUAGAUAUCUUCGUUUGAAAAUAAAAAUGUGAUUGACAAUGUAAAA